AUGUCAAAGGAUGAUCCAUCUGUAAAUUGGAAACUUUACAGAACGUUUGAAGAGAAUAUGUUUUUGGAGACUGGUGCGCACCUUAUCAAUAUUGGAAGUUGUGGACUACACAUCAUUCACAGAGCAUACAGGAAAGGCAUAGAGUCUACUGGCUGGGGUCUCCCAGAUAUUCUAUCCAGCUUUUAUAGAAAUUUCAAGGAUUCACCUGCACGUCGAGAGGACUUCCAGAAAGUUUUGGAUGGUGUUGAAAUGCCACUGAUGCCACUGAAAUUUUGCAAAACCCGCUGGGUAGAAAAUGUUAGUGUUCUAGAAAGGACUCUGCAUGUUCUUCCCAACCUGAAAACGUAUGUGAAGGCUGUGGAUGAGAAAAAUACCUCUAAACCAGACACAAGAAUGUAUGAAACCAUUAAGAAUGCUUGCAAAGAUCAAUUACUAGAGGCCAAGUUACAGUUUGCAUUGUCUGUAGUGAAUGAAGUAACACCCUUUCUUCGGCUAUAUCAAACUGACAAACCAAUGGUUCCAUUUCUGGCAACAGACUUGUACAAUAUGCUGAAGGAUAUUCUGUCCAGGUUUUGUAAGAGCGACGUAAUUGAGAAUGCAACAACAGCAUUAAAGCUGGCAAACUUCGAUAUCAAAAAUGAAAAGCUCCAUGAAAGUGACUACAAGAAGAUUGAUGUUGGUUUUAGUGCCGAAAAGUUACUGAGAAACCUCACAGCAGCUGUGUAA